AUGAAAUAUUUCUCAUGUGACUUUCAUGAAAACGCAUUUGCAGAGCGGAGGGCAGCAGCAGCUGCAGAGCGGAGGGCAGCAGCCCAAUCAGAGCGGAGGGCAGCAGCAGCUGCAGAGCGGAGGGCAGCAGGAGCUGCAGAGCGGAGGGCAGCAGGAGCUGCAGAGCGGAGGGCAGCAGCAGCUGCAGAGCGGAGGGCAGCAGGAGCUGCAGAGCGGAGGGCAGCAGCAGCUGCAGAGCGGAGGGCACCGGCAGCGGCAGAGCGGAGGGCAGUGGCAGCCGCAGAGCGGAGGGCAGCAGCAGCUGCAGAGCGGAGGGCAGCAGCAGCUGCAGAGCGGAGGGCAGCAGUAGCUGCAGAGCGGAGGGCAGCAGCAACUGCUGCAGAGCGGAGGGCAGCAGCAGCUGCAGAGCGGAGGGCAGCAGCAGCUGCAGAGCGGAGGGCAGCAGCAGCUGCAGAGCGGAGGGCAGCAGCAGCUGCAGAGCGGAGGGCAGCAGCCCAAUCAGAGCGGAGGGCAGCAGCAGCUGCAGAGCGGAGGGCAGCAGGAGCUGCAGAGCGGAGGGCAGCAGCAGCUGCAGAGCGGAGGGCAGCAGGAGCUGCAGAGCGGAGGGCAGCAGCAGCUGCAGAGCGGAGGGCAGGAGCAGCUGCAGAGCGGAGGGCUUCAGCCCAAUCAGAGCGGAGGGCAGCAGCAGCUGCAGAGCGGAGGGCUUCAGCCCAAUCAGAGCGGAGGGCAGCAGGAGCUGCAGAGCGGAGGGCAGCAGCAGCUGCAGAGCAGAGGGCAGCAGCAGCUGCAGAGCGGAGGGCAGCAGCAGCUGCAGAGCGGAGGGCAGCAGCCCAAUCAGAGCGGAGGGCAGCAGCAGCUGCAGAGCGGAGGGCAGCAGGAGCUGCAGAGCGGAGGGCAGCAGCAGCUGCAGAGCGGAGGGCAGCAGGAGCUGCAGAGCAGAGGGCAGCAGCAGCUGCAGAGCGGAGGGCAGGGGCAGCUGCAGAGCGGAGGGCAGUGGCAGCCGCAGAGCGGAGGGCAGCAGCAGCUGCAGAGCGGAGGGCAGCAGCAGCUGCAGAGCGGAGGGCAGCAGCAGCUGCAGAGCGGAGGGCAGCAACAGCUGCAGAGCGGAGGGCAGCAGCAGCUGCAGAGCGGAGGGCAGCAGCAACUGCAGAGCGGAGGGCAGCAGCAGCUGCAGAGCGGAGGGCAGCAGGAGCUGCCCGAUUGGCUGCAGCUUGCGAGGCUGCCAGAGGGGGAGAUGGAGAUGGAGUCGAGCAGACAGGUCUUGCCGGCGUGUUCGAGUGGAGAGGAGCACCCAGACCCUAUGCUGACACCCCCGCCCCGCAUCCCGUGCGAAACCUGUUAUCGCACUUUCACGGAGAGAGGAAAGGCCACGCGUCAUAUGUCGGCCUGCAGGGCAGCGGACGCCCAGCGUCGUGCGUAGGCGCUUGGGUUGACCCGCGACGUCACAGACGACUCGGACAGCGAACCUCCGCCACCACGGGAUAUCAGUGA